AAUUUCCCUCUUCCAAAGUUCAAAAAGAGAAAGGCAAAAAAUCUCCCCCCUCCCCAGCCGCCUCGCGCCUCCGCCUCCGCCUCGUGGCUGCAGAGAUGGCUGCCGCGAAGGGCGCCGGGCCGGCGAUCGGCAUCGACCUCGGGACGACCUACUCCUGCGUGGCCGUGUGGCGGCCGUCGCACAACCGCGUGGAGGUCAUCCCCAACGACCAGGGCAACCUCACCACGCCGUCCUGCGUCGCUUUCACCGACACCAUGAGGCUCAUCGGCGACGCGGCCAUGAACCAGGCUGGCACGAACCCCGUCAACACCGUAUUCGAUGCCAAGCGAUUAAUCGGCCGACGUUUCACGGAUGCAUGUGUGCAAGGAGAUAUCAAGCUAUUCCCAUUCAAGGUCAUUUCAGGCUCUGGUGACCGGCCGUUGAUUGUGGUCAAGUACAAGGGUGAGGUGAAGCAGUUCACAGCCGAGGAGAUCUCCUCCAUGAUGCUCGUCAAGAUGUGGGAGACCGCCGAGGCCUACCUUGGCACAGCGGUGAAAAAUGUUGUCAUCACCGUUCCAGUCUACUUCACUGACUCCCAACGCCGGGCCACCAUGGAUGCUGGCGCCAUUGCCAGCCUUAAUGUCAUGCGCAUCAUCAAUGAGCCCUCUGCUGCAGCCAUUGCCUACGGUCUUGACAAGGGAUCCCGCAAAGAUGAAGGGAAGACAGUGCUCAUAUUUGAUCUUGGUGGUGGUACCUUGGAUGUGUCAAUUAUAACUAUUCACAUGGGCGUCUUCACAGUUAAGGCCACAUCUGGUGACACCCACCUGGGCGGGCAGGAUCUCAACAGCCGGAUGGUGGAACACUUUGUGCAGGAUUUCAUUAAGAGACACAAAAGUGACAUCAGAAACAACCCAAAGGCGCUCAUGCGGCUGAGGGCGGCCUGUGAGAGGGCCAAGAGAAUGCUGUCUUCCAUGGUGCAGGCAAAAUUUGAGGUUGACUCGCUCCACGACGGCAUUGACUUCUAUGGCACCAUCACCCGUGCUCGUUUUGAGGAGCUCAACAUGGACCUUUUCCGUAAAUGCACUGAACAUGUCGAGAAGUGCCUCGGUGACGCCAAGAUGGACAAAUCCCAAAUCCACGACGUCGUGCUGGUGGGUGGCUCCAGCCGGAUCCCCAAGGUGCAGCAGCUGCUCCAGGAUUUCUUCAACGGGAAGAUGCUCUGCAAGAGCAUCAACCCAGAUGAGGCUGUCGCCUAUGGUGCUGCUGUCCAGGCCGCUGCCCUCAGUGGCGAAUGUGACCAGAAGGUGAAGGACUUGCUCCUUCUCGAUGUCACGCCCCUCUCGCUUGGGAUAGAGACAGUAGGUGGUUUGAUGAGCGUGCUGAUCCCGAGGACGACCACCAUCCCCUCGAAGAAGCAGCGGAUAUACACGACAGAGCUUGACAACCAGACGAGCAUGCUCAUUCAGGUGUACGAGGGUGAAGGGGCGAUGACCAAGGACAACAAUCUCCUCGGAAAGUUCACCCUCCACGGCAUCCCCCCAGCGCCAAGGCUUGUGCCCAAGAUAAAUGUGACAUUUGAGAUUGAAGCCAACUGCAUCCUGAAGGUGUCGGCGGAAGACAUGACAACUGGAAGCAAGAACAGCAUCACCAUCACUACUGACAAGGGUGGGCUGAGCAAGGAGGAGAUUGAUCGCAUGGUGCGAGAUGCUGAGAAGUACAAGUCGGAUGACAUGAAGGAAAUGAAGAAAAUAAUAAAGAAGGAAGACGGGGAGGGUUGGGUGAGCAAAGAGGAGUUCGAGCGCAUGGUGCCGAAGAAGCGCAUGAUGCAGUCUGAGGACAAGAAGCAAAUUAAGAAGAUAAAGAAGGAAGGCGAACGACAAGAAGCAAGUUAAGAAGAUAAAGAAGGAAGCCGGAGGUCUUCUGCGAGCCUAUGAUCGCGCUGCUUUUGCCACAACUGGUGUUUAGUAUCAGCACCCUCUGCAACUUCUGGGAUGGCCAUUGUGCAUGUCCAUUCUUCUAGUCUAGUAUACGUAGUUAAUAUGCUUCAUGUGGUAUGGGAACAACUGAGUGAACUUAUAUAUCGGUUGAAUGUCUGUACCACGUAGGCACUUUUGGUGCUGUUGAUCUGCGGCUUACGGCCAGUUCAGUUGAUUUGCGAGAUUUCCAUCUCGGUUUACCA